AUGUCCCCCGGCAAAGGAAGUUUCGGCGAGUAUCUUUUUGAACCGCCUAUAGCUACUAUUUACGAUCGCCUGAAAAGGCAGCUCUGCAUGAGCCCUCUCUUCAGCUGGUCACCUUUUCAAAUCCUUUCCAUUAACCCUCCCGACCUCUUAAAACUUGGAUGCGGGCUUGAUUGGUCUGGGCUCCUUGGUCACUGGUCGGCCGGUGAUCGACUUGCUACCACCUCCGCUUGGCUUAGGAGGCGGCACCACGACGGCAUUCUUCCGCUUGGGCGGCUGUGGUCGUGGUUGAGUAGCGGGAGGACCUCUUCGGAACUUCGACACAGGCUUGAUUGGUCUAGGCUCCUUCGUCACUGGUCGACCGGUGAUGGAACCACCACCGCUUGGCUUGGUGGGCGGCACCACAACAGCGUUCUUCCGCUUCGGGGGCUGUGGCCGCGGCUGGGGAGCAGGAGGCCCCCUUCGGAACUUGGAUACAGGCUUGAUCGGCCUGGGUUCCUUCGUUACCGGUCGACCGGUGAUAGAUUGGCCCUGGCUGCCGCCUCCACUUGGCUUCUUCGGUGGUACCACGACGGCGUUCUUGCGCUUGGGCUGCGGGACGGGAGGGUCCCUAGCCAUCAACUCUUCAAGCUGAUACUCGAGAUCACGAUCGUCGAGGUCGACCUCUUCGAGGAGGUCCCGUAUAGCCAGCUGAAGUGCAAGGUCGCCGUCGUCAGAUCGGAGCGCAAGAUUGUUGGAAGCUACUGGAGCUCCAAGAGCCGACUCAGCAAACGCGACCAGGAAGACCGAAAGGAUUGA